ACAGGGCCUGCCUAUAAGCCCCGAACCCCUUGACCAGCCCCCAGCACUUCCUCCUUAGGAUCCAGGACAAUGGGCAGGAGAGGGUGGGGUCAUCCUGUAACCAUCCUACCAACCACCAGGGUCCUCUGUUGGAGGAUCCAGAAUACCUGUGUUUAUGGGAAGGGAGGAUAGCAGUAGGGUCCCCCUGAAGAGGGAGAGAAGGGAAAGGAAGCAGGUAGGUCCCAGCUCCAGCCUGGGGCUAGUGCUAUGGCAUCCACUGCCCUGGGGAAAGUGCCAGGCUGGAGCCCAGGAAUGUAGGUGAUCCGGUGCCCACACCCUGGGAGGAGAGGCUGAGCAGCCCACACCCACGGACAACAGGGUGGGAGGGUUGUGAAGAGCGAUCAGAGAUGUUGAGCCCCCUUCUGUGGCCCCAAAGGGCCUCAAACCCCUGUCCUGCUGGGCCUCACCUCACCAGCCUUUCUGGCCAGGGCAUGGGAGGGGUGAGAGGGCUGGUCUGUCCCAGGACAGGAAGGGAGUAGCUGAAACCACAGAGGCUGUCUCAGGAAGAACAGCCCUGACCCCCAGACCCUGACCAGGGGAGGGAAAGGACACUGAUGGAGACACGCAAUUGUAACGCCGUUGUGGCUAACGGGGCAGGGAAUGAGGUGGCACUGCUGGUGGAUGGCGGGGUAAUGGACCAAGAGAGAGGUACAGGGGUCGGCUGGUGCAGCGUAAUAGCACCAAUGAGGAGACUCAGUCCAGCCGCCCAGCCCAGUCCAGUCAUGCAAGCGCAGGAAGAUGGAGACAACCUUAUCCCUUUUGCCAAGUGUUCCAGAGUGGUCAGCCGAUCUCCACCACCCAGCUUGCCUUCCCGGAGCCUCAGACUGACGGCCCAGCGCUAUGGAGACACCUUCUGGGAGAACCUUAGUCAAAGGCCCAGCCCCACCUGGAUGGAGGAACAGUACAUCCCACCCCUGCUGAGAGCCACUGGUUGCUCCCAGCCUGGCCUGUACCCCCCCGAAGGGCUCCCACCCCCUGAGGUGCUCUGCAGAAGAAAGAGAAGGAGGCCACAUUUGGCGGGAAUGCAGCAGGGAUCUGGGGGCAUCCCAGCCCGGGUAAGGGCUGUCACUUAUCACCUGGAGGAUCUAAGGAGGCGACAGAGAAUCAUCAAUGAACUGAAAAAGGCCCAGUGGGGCAGCUCUAGGGCUGCAUCUGAGCCCCUGGUGCUUGACGACGACGGCUGUGGACUCCCCAACACCACCGAACACCCUGGUCUGGAAGAGGAGAGGGCAAACUCUCCACGGGAAGAGGACCACUUCCUCGCUCCUGGCAGGGCCCAGCUGCUUUGGUCUCCCUGGAGUCCCCUGGGCCAGGAGGGGUCUUGUCUCUCCGGGCGGCCGAGCUCUCUGGCCUCCUUCAGCACUGUCACAACCAGUAGGGACCCCCUUUACAAUCCCUGGGGGGUGGAGUUGCUGUCGGAGGAGUAAGGAGAAACCGCCCACGCCCAAGAUGCUAGCGUGCUCCAGGGCCCACUAGUUCUGGGCGCUGGAAUCUCCAGCAUUUCUGACAUCAAGGCAUUCCCCCUUUCCCUGACCUUUCUCACUUUCCUCUCCCAUCCUCUGAACUAGGCACGAACGGGGCUCCCUUGGCCUCCCAUCUCUACCCGCCGCUCUCACAGGAGCUCCUCAAGGCCUGUCGUCCCGCAGGCCGGCUCCCUGCCACUGUGUUCUCUUCUUGUUCUGUUAUUAAAAAGCAAGCAAGUUGAGCCUGGAGUUGUCUUUCUCUCCGCGAAGUAGUGAUGGAGAGGCUCGUGGGGCGGGAGGGCUCCUUUCACCUUCGUGAGGACCCCGCUAAAAUGAAGUCGGGCUGUG